GAUUGGGCCCCACAUUCUUCCCUACGUUCUCAUCAGCCUUUGACUCCAGCACCGCUGCAUUCUCCCCGUGGCCAAGGGUUCCACUCCCAUUUUGACACUUGCUCCUGCGCCCAGCCCAGCCCACCCCCUCGCAUCUCCCACAGUCCCAUUCCCCUUUCUCAAGGGGACUGGAGGGGGGAGGCGACGCCAGUGUUAGGGGAGACAAUGAGGGAGGGAGGAGGCCUGGGGAGUCCGCCACCGCGCACGGGAAGGGGCCGGGCAGUCCGGCCGGGGAAGUGGGAGGGGGCCGCGGCGCGGGAGGGAAGCGCCUGCCGCCCGCGGCUCUAAGCCACUAGCUCCUCGGCGGCCGGGACUCCACCACCGGCCAUCGCGGGCUCCCUCCUCGGCCUCGGCCUCGGCCUCGCCCAGCAGCCGCGGCAGCCUCGCGGGCCGAUCUAGCCUCAGACCCAGGCUUCCUGAUCACUGUGCUGUGUGCGCUCGGCGGCUUCUCACUGCUGCUGGGCCUGGCAUCCUGCGAGCAACGGCUACAGCGCUGGACCCGUCCCCUGUCCGGCCUCGUGUGGGCAGCGCUCCUGGGGCUGGGCCAUGGCUUCCUCUUCACUGGGGGCCUGGUGAGCGCCUGGGACCAGGUGUCCUUUUUCCUCUUUGUCAUCUUCACCGUGUAUGCCAUGUUGCCCUUGGGUAUGCGGGAUGCCACCGCCGCGGGCCUUGCCUCAUCACUCUCCCACCUGGUGGUCCUUGGGCUGUACCUUGGGCCUCAGCCGGACUCCCAGCCCGCGCUACUGCCGCAGCUGGCAGCAAACGCGGUGUUGUUCCUGUGUGGGAAUGUGGCCGGAGCGUACCACAAGGCGCUGAUGGAGCGUGCGCUGCGCGCCACAUUCCGGGAGGCACUUCGUUCGCUGCAUUCGCGCCGGCGGCUGGACACGGAGAAGAAGCACCAGGAACACCUUCUCUUGUCCAUCCUUCCUGCCUACUUGGCUCGAGAGAUGAAGGCAGAGAUCAUGGCCCGGCUUCAGGCUGGACAGGGGUCACGGCCAGAGAGCACCAACAACUUCCAUAGCCUCUAUGUCAAGAGACACCAAGGAGUUAGCGUGCUCUAUGCUGACAUCGUGGGCUUCACACGACUGGCCAGUGAGUGCUCCCCUAAGGAGUUGGUGCUCAUGCUCAACGAGCUCUUUGGCAAGUUCGACCAGAUUGCCAAGGUCAGAGGGGGCCUCCCUCCCUACCCAGGGCCCUUCAAAUGCUCCACCCUGGAGAGCCCCUUCCAAGGGAAACUCCUGACACCUAAGAUCCCAGUCCCAUUUCAGAGCCCAUGUAUCCCAAUGGAAGAUAUUCCAAUGGAAGUAGGAAACCCUCUCAAACAACCCCAGGAGCAUGAAUGCAUGCGGAUCAAGAUCCUGGGAGACUGUUACUACUGUGUCUCUGGGCUACCGCUCUCCCUGCCAGACCACGCCAUCAACUGUGUGCGCAUGGGGCUGGACAUGUGCCGGGCCAUCAGGAAACUCCGGGCAGCCACCGGCGUGGACAUCAACAUGCGUGUGGGGGUGCAUUCAGGCAGUGUGCUCUGCGGAGUCAUCGGGCUGCAGAAGUGGCAGUAUGAUGUCUGGUCCCAUGAUGUCACCCUGGCCAACCACAUGGAGGCGGGUGGCGUGCCAGGAAGAGUACAUAUUACAGGAGCUACCCUGGCCCUGCUGGCAGGGGCUUAUGCUGUGGAGGACGCAGCCAUGGAACACCGAGACCCAUACCUUCGGGAGCUAGGGGAGCCUACCUACCUAGUCAUCGAUCCCCGGGCUGAGGAAGAGGAUGAGAAGGGCACUGCAGGAGGGUUGCUAUCCUCUCUCGAGGGCCCCAAAAUGCGUCCCUCAGUGCUGAUGACCCGCUACCUGGAGUCCUGGGGCGCAGCCAAGCCUUUUGCCCACCUGAGCCACCUAGAGAGCCCCGUGUCCACCUCCACCCCUCUCCCGGAGAAGACGCUGGCCUCCUUCAGCCCCCAGUGGAGCCUGGACCGGAGCCGUACCCCCCGGGGACUAGAUGAUGACCUGGACACUGGGGACGCCAAGUUCUUCCAGGUCAUCGAACAGCUCAACUCUCAGAAACAGUGGAAGCAGUCAAAGGACUUCAACCCACUGACACUGUACUUCAGAGAGAAGGAGCUGGAGAAAGAGUAUCGACUCUCUGCACUCCCUGCCUUCAAAUACUAUGCAGCCUGCACCUUCCUGGUUUUCAUCUCCAAUUUUGUCAUCCAGAUGCUGGUGACCAACAGGCCUCCAGCUCUGGCCAUCACCUAUAGCAUCACCUUCUUCCUCUUCCUCCUCCUCCUCUUCGUCUGCUUCUCAGAACACCUGACGAGGUGUGUCUUGAAAGGCCCCAAGAUGCUGCACUGGCUGCCCACACUGUCUGGCUUGGUGGCCACCCGGCCUGGACUGCGAAUUGCCCUGGGCACUGCCACCAUCCUCCUCGUUUUUGUCAUGGCUGUUACCAGCCUGUUCUUCUUACCGGCAGCAUCGAACUGUCCUUUCCGGGCUCCCAAUGUGUCCUCCGUGGCUUUCAACCUCUCCUGGGAACUCCCUGGGUCCCUGCCUCUCAUCAGCAUCCCAUACUCUAUGCACUGCUGCGUGCUGGGGUUCCUGUCCUGCUCCCUCUUCCUGCACAUGAGCUUCGAGCUGAAGUUGCUGCUGCUUCUGCUGUGGCUGGGGGCUUCCUGCUCCCUCUUCCUGCACUCCCAUGCCUGGCUGUCCGACUGCCUCAUCUCCCACCUCUAUCCGGAUCCCUUGGACUCCAGGCCAGGGGUACUGAAGGAGCCCAAACUGAUGGGAGCUAUCUCCUUCUUCAUCUUCUUCUUCACCCUCCUUGUCCUGGCUCGGCAGAAUGAGUAUUACUGCCGCCUGGACUUCCUGUGGAAGAAGAAGCUGCGGCAGGAGCAGGAGGAGACAGAGACAAUGGAGAACCUGACUCGGCUGCUGUUGGAGAACGUGCUCCCUGCUCACGUGGCCCCCCAGUUCAUUGGUCAGAACCGGCGCAACGAGGACCUCUACCACCAGUCCUACGAGUGUGUCUGUGUCCUCUUCGCCUCAGUUCCAGACUUUAAGGAGUUUUACUCUGAAUCCAACAUCAACCAUGAGGGUCUAGAGUGCCUGCGGCUGCUCAAUGAGAUAAUUGCUGAUUUUGAUGAGGCCUGGGGCUGGGCUUCUGAGAGGGAGGAGGGAGAGAGCAAGAAAGCCUGGGGACACAGCCUCCUUUCUGUACAGCUGCUCUCAAAGCCCAAGUUUAGUGGGGUGGAGAAGAUCAAAACCAUUGGCAGCACCUACAUGGCAGCUACAGGCUUAAAUGCCACCUCUGGACAGGACGCACAGCAGGAUGAUGAGCGAAGCUGCAGCCACCUGGGCACCAUGGUGGAGUUUGCAGUGGCCCUUGGAUCAAAGCUGGAUGUCAUCAAUAAGCACUCAUUUAACAACUUCCGCUUACGUGUGGGGUUGAACCAUGGACCUGUAGUGGCUGGAGUGAUUGGGGCCCAGAAGCCACAGUAUGACAUCUGGGGCAACACGGUGAAUGUGGCCAGCCGCAUGGAAAGUACAGGAGUUCUGGGCAAGAUCCAAGUGACUGAAGAGACAGCGCAGGUGCUGCAGUCCUUAGGCUAUACCUGCUACAGCCGGGGCAUCAUCAAAGUCAAAGGCAAAGGGCAGCUCUGCACCUACUUCCUGAACACAGAUUUGACGCGAACUGGCCCUCCCUCGGCCACCCUAGGCUGAGACUCCCAACCACCCUCUCUAUUCUAAGAUCCUCAAUAAAAGGACUCAGGGGGCACCUGGGAGGCUCAGUCUGUUAA